CGAUUCACCCUUCCCACUUUGAUCGUAUCAACAAAAUCUUCGUCUUGCGCAUCAACAAGUAUUCGAAGAUACGUUAGUCCAAGCCGCAGCAUUUGCGCAUUGGCCCAGACAAGCGGAAUAGAUACCACGAAGAGUCUCACGCCUUCUCCUCCACAUUCCGACCUUGAAGUUAGAUCAGACACAAUUCUUGGACAACUUACUCGUCCACGGUAAGCAUCGGGUCAGUUGAGACCGAACAUGUUGUGACUCCUAUCAUGAUGCACAGGAUCAGGAAGGUGCGACUACGCAACUCUCUGUUCAGGUGGCUUCUUCGUAUCUGCAAAGCUGAACUAAAUUCCCUCGUCACAGUCUUGGGGUUUCAACUCGCACCAAAAAAUAACCAGUUUAACUCUUUCGAAUACGUCCGAAUCGUGUGCCGUCUUUACUUGAAAGCCCAUGGAGCUCAUGCCGACCUUGUGACGGGUUUCAUUGUAGCAGCGGCAGCAGCAGCAGCGACGACAUGCAGCAGGCCAGGCUCCAUGCCAGUAGCGCAUUUCGCUUCAAAUGGAGCUGAGUUGCUAGUAUACUUGCCGCAUUCUCAUAAUUUGGUAUUUUCCGGAUGGAGGCUCCUUCCUAAGUGUAAGCACAGGUACGGAAGGUACUACCACCCACACUUCCUGACUCGCGAUCACCAGCGGGUCGUUGGAUUCGAGAGCCAUGAAAAUCGAGUUGGGUAUGGCAACGUUCCUACUUUAAAGCAUUUGCAUGACCGCUGAGCGGCAGUUCGAGUACUCAGGCGUAAGUGCUUCAAUGAGCAACUCAUGACUGAUGACCAGAUCAA